GACACAGGGGACAACAUGGCUGUAAAAAACGGGAUUACGUCCCAGGGGAGCGUUUCGUGCCCGAGGGAUCUGCCAGGGAGCGGUGAUGAGCUGCUCCGCCUGAACGGUGCGCUCGCUGCAAGAGCAGAGGAGCUCCCUGCAGAUGAAACCGCUCGUCACACAGGCAGCUGUUGCCUGCACGGGGAAGCCCCUGGAUCUGGUCAGCCUCUGGCAGAUGGCCAGGUGUGUAAAAACACUGGGUUGGACUGUUCUCUGAGCAGGAAUUCCCUGCUCAGGGAGCAGGCAGAUAGUCCCGUGGGAAAAGAUGAUUCUGCGAGCUCUGCCACCCUUCUGGAGAUUCGCACAGAGGAAAUUCCAGAUGUUAAUGAUGACUUCUCUGAUGAUGACCUGGAGUACUUCGAGUGCUCAGAUGUGCUGACGGGGCAGGAAAAUGAAAUCUGGCAGAGGAAACUGCGGUUUCUGCUGGAAAGCGACGACGAAGACGACCUCAAACUGAGCGAGGAUUGCGAUGGGUGCGCUCGCCUCCUGGGCGAAGUGUCGGGUGACACCGCGCCUGGGGAGACCCCCAUUGGCUUCCGUGGGCAUCACUCAACAUUCCCAGGGCUCGAUGUAAGGAGAGACCCCUCCAUGCCCAGCCAGUCCCCUCCGCAGGCAGACAUGACUCUCGCCGUCGGCCACCGCCGGCAGGGGAGCGCCGGCCCCGAGGACGAGCACGGCGCGCCCGUCGCAUCCGCAGGUGCUGCAGAUGAACAUCCCGGCAGCCCGGGGGACGCUGAUGCAAGCGGCCACCUGGCUGGCACGGCGAGGCACUCGGAUCCUGCUCCUGCUGAUCCUGCAGGUGCCGGGGCAGACCCCUCUGCUGUGGGGACAAUGACGGGAGCCGGCGCUGCCCGGGGGGAAAGCUCCCCGCUGCCGGAGGAGGGGGACGGGGAAGGAAAACCCCAGGAAAACCCCCGGCACGCCGGCUGUGCCUUCGCUGAGACCCUGAGGAGGAACCUUUUCAAGCUGUUAAACCCCCUGGAGCUCUGCAGGUACGUGAGCGCCAUAGGACAGUCUCUGCAGGCUCCAUCUCCCGCUCCAGAAGGUGUCCUGAUUCCCAAGGAGACAGAAAACCUGGAGGUGCAGGCAGAAGAGGCAGAUAAAGACUGUCAGUGGGAAGGGAGAAGGACUCAGGGCCUGCCUGAGCAGAGUCAGAUGCCGGAUGAGAACGCCUCACUCGGGGAUCGAGGUGCUCAUCUUGAAAGCGUCCCCCAGAACUGUGACAACCUCUGCGUGGAAACAGAGGGGACCCUGAGGGCUGGGGGGAGCGGAGGAAGCAGCCAGCCAGCUGCAGGGAUGCUCUCUGCUGACGUCACGCUGCCAGCAGAGAAUGCAGAGUUACAGACUCCUUCUCUCGCCCCAGCUCUCCCCUGCGGCCCCUCAGGGGGUGCUGAUGCCCUGCCAGCCCUGCAGUCGGGGUGCAGAGGGGACGCUGAUGGAUCUGCGGUGCGUGACGAGCUGUGGAAACUCCUCCACGAAGAUGACUCAGAGGGUCAGGUCCCGUUGGCAGACAGGGGCGUCACGAGUUGGGGAACGAGGCCGACGGGUGUCCAGGUCACGGAACAGGAGAGCUGUUGCCAUCCUCCUUUGCUGAUGGAUGGGAUGGAAGAGCGGGAACCCCUCCCGGCAGCCAGCCCUGGGCGAGCUGGGCGCGGCGAUCGUCCCAUCCUCCGAGGAGCUGCGGCACCCACAGCUUGUCUGGCAGCGGAUGGGGCUGGAGAUGAGAUGGAAGCACCAGCAGCUCGUCCUGCAGCAAACGGCACCUUCCCAAGGCCAGGGCUUCAUCCUGAGCACGGCGUGUCCUGGGGGGAUGAGUCUGUACCUGGGGAAGGCUGUCAUUUCAGGGGAGGACCGGCUGAUUGCCCUGAAGAAAAAGGCCUUUUCCCCAGUGACAACACCUGUCAGCUCACACGUGCAGGGCACUGCUCUGUUGGCACCGUACAUGGGAGGUACAAACUGAAUCUACAGGCAGGAGGAGAUGGCUCUGCCUCGAAUGCACAAAGCGACACUGAUUCCCAGGGUUGCCAUCUUCCAAAAAUUAACAGCUGUCAGGAUUUUCAGGCUGUUUCUGCUGCACAGAAACACGGUUCUGUAAUGCAACUGCCUGCUUUAAUUGAGACUCCUGCAACCAUAACGGGUGAGAAUCGACCCCAAAGCGCAGAGCAACUGCCAGAAACAGCAGAACAGGAUGGGGCGUUCGCUCCCUCCUCCAGGGAUCUGCCUUUAAGUGAUUUUUGUGUGGAAAUGCCCAGCUGUGAGGCAGCUAAACCGGGAGAUCAGAGUGAGAUUCCCACAGCUGAUGAACACAGGGCUGGGAUUUCCCGUGACCCAGGAGUUACUCGGGUUUCAGAGGGUCCAUCUGCAGUUUCCCCUCGUUAUACAGCGGCACAACAAGGCAGGGGGGAUCAGCCAGAUGCCCAGCAACUGCCUGGGGCAGCAACGCUGCUGCUCCUCACACCUGCCAGCCCCUCACAGGACCUGCUGGUAAAAAAAACUGGAUCCACUCCACCUGGAGACGAAGGAAACAGAAACCUGAGCGUGCUGGAAACUUCCUGCGGAGCAUCGCAGGGGCUGUUCCAGAGGGCACCUGCACAAACUCAGGGGGAAGGAGAUGAACACGAGAGGCCAAGAGCUGUUGGACGCAGCCCAGAUGAAGCUGAAACGAAGGCUGCUUUAACUUUAAUCAGCUCCCAGGCUCAGGGACAGGUGGUGAACACCGGCACGGAGCAGUCCUGCCCUGACGGGAUCCCUCCCAGCGAGGCUGAUUGUUCCAUCAGCGACAAAGAGGAAGAAGUCAGGGCGGCAGAGAGCGUGGUAAAUUGUGGUUUGGCUCAUUUGCCACCGGUUGAUUCGGGGAGCAAGGGGUGUUUUGAGGAGCAAACUCGGCUGCUCUCCGGGGCAUCGACCGCCUGCGACCCGCUCGCCAUCGACGCGGAGAGGCAACAAAAUCAGGAGGGCUCCAAACCCUGCCAGGCAGAGCCUGAGCCCCCCAGGUGUAAACAGGACGCGGCCAAGGGCGGGCAUUCAGCUGCUGGGGCCAAGAAGAAGUUGCCACCGGCGGCUCUGCCCAAAAAACCCCGCCUGGAGGAGAAGGGAGGUGGCAAAAAGUCCGGGAAGGGCGAGGCGGGCGGGACUCGUAGAGAAGACAGAAAACCCGAGCAGAGGAAACUGGUUUUGAAAAAGGACAGCAAAGCUCCCAGGCUGCUGAGGAAGAUCCAGGCAGAGUCUUUCCCCGAGGGCUCUGGGAACGUGAGGCUGUGCUGCCAGUUCGGGGACAUCCACGGGGACUCCACCGUGACCUGGACUAAAGAUUCCAAGGUGCUGGCUCGGCUGCACAGGAGCGCUCAGGAUGACUCUCCCGUCUCCCUGGAAAUAGCCAAGGCCGCUAGCAAAGACCAGGGCAUGUAUUACUGCUGCCUCCACAACGCCUUUGGGAAGGUGACCGCUGAGUUUCACCUGACUGCUGCAGUGCUGGAACGCCUCUCCAGUUUUCGGAGCUACGAAGGUGUGGAGGAGAUCGAGUUCAUGCAGCUGCUGUUCCGGGACGAUUCCAUCAGCGACAGCUACUUCGGGGGCCACCUGCACGGGGUGCUGGCCACGGAGCAGCUGCACUUCGGCGAGGGGAUGCACCGGCGCGCCUUCCGCAGCCGCGUGCGCCGGGGCCUGGCGCCCGUCUUCGCGCCCGGCCACCCCUGCGUCCUCAAGGUGCACAGCGCCCUCAGCCCCGCCACCGGCACCAGGGAGGAGCUGGUGAGGAGGAACUACAACCUGGCGCUGCAGGAGUGCUGCGUGCAGAACGCCGCCAGGGAGUACGCCAAGCUGUACGCCGCCGAGGCUGAGACGCUGGAAGGCUUUGGGGAGGUGCCAGAGAUCAUUCCCAUUUUCCUCAUCCACCGCCCCGCCAACGCCAUCCCCUACGCCACGGUGGAGGAGGAGCUGGUGGGGGAGUUCGUGAAAUACUCGGUCAGGGACGGCAAGGAGGUGAAUUUCCUGAGGAGGGACUCGGAGGCUGGCCAGAAGUGUUGCACCUUCCAGCACUGGGUGUACGAGAGGACCAGCGGGAACCUGCUCGUCACCGACCUGCAAGGUGUGGGGAUGAAGCUGACGGACGUUGGCAUAGCCACCCUGGCCAAAGGGUACAAAGGGUUCAAAGGCAACUGCUCCUUCUCCUUCAUCGAGCAGUUCCGAGCCCUCCACCAGUGCAACGAGUACUGCCAGAUGCUGGGGCUCAAAUCCCUGCGAGCCACCCACCAGAAACAGCGCAAAGCCGCGGCCCCCAAGGGCAAAAACCCGCCCAGCUCAUCAGCUGGGAAGAGAACGCUGCCCAAAAAGGGCAGAGAGCACCGAGACUUCAUUUCCUCCGAGCACUGA